AUGAUCCUAACACACAUAUUACAAAUAUUUGCAUGGAGAUUAAUUAAAACUGUUUUUGAUGCAUUUGUAAAGAAUUGUAUUUUGCAUUAUAUCAUUGUUAUUAUCAAAAAUUUUAAUAUGAAAUCCAUUAUAGACGUCGUUUUUCAAGAAUAUACACAAACAAGAUCUUAUACGAAAUUAAAUUUGACUAUUAGCGUUUAUAACUAUAGUGAAAAAUUCCAUCCAAAAACAUAUUCAAAGCAACUUGCGACUAAUAUUAUUGUAAGUACAUAA